AUGGACCUCAAGGCUGAAGAUGAUGAGAAUGUCGUCGAAACACGUGAACUUUAUUUAGUAAACGCAAAUAAUCCGCGAGAUUCUUUAGUGUCGACGGACGUUAUUGUCAGUGAUAACGGUAAUGAAGACAUUAAUAAUGACUUGACAUCGAGUACUAUCGCGGGUCUGAUGGCUGGACAAUCGGCCGUUUGUUUCCCCACUAAAUUCACAUAUGAUUUUUCGCCGAGUCCUGGUAGUGAAGAACGUCAUCAAAUAACAAUUGGCGUUGGGAAAAGAAAACAACGAAGAUAUCGUACAACAUUUACAAAUUUUCAAUUAGAAGAACUAGAGCGCGCAUUUCAAAAAACACAUUAUCCAGAUGUUUUUUUUCGAGAAGAACUUGCAUUGAGAAUACAAUUAACUGAAGCUAGAGUUCAGGUAUGGUUUCAAAAUCGUCGAGCUAAAUGGCGCAAACAAGAGAAACAAUGCAAAGUUGGUAUGUCAUCACAUAUAACGGAAACUUGUCAAGAAGUACAGCAACAUCAUCAACAGGCACAUCAUCAUCACCAUCACCAUCAUCACCACCAGCAGCCACAGGGCACUGAUCAGUUAUUGUUGGAAGCUCCACUAGGUAGUCCUCCGCCAAUUUAUUUGGGUAUGGAGUGGGCGGGUUUUUCUCCAUUUACAAAUGUCACCACAACAUCACCGCUCAUUAUUAAUGGGUUAAAUAAACCACCAGAAAAUGAUGAUAACCCGCUUUUAGAUCCUGAUUUAUUGCAACUAAAAACACCGCGAUCAUAA